CGUUCAGGGUGAGGUCAAGAGACUUACCUCAGCGGGUCCGCGCGGGAGAUUCUUUGUGUUCGGCGGUUGCGGCUCGCGGAGGUUGUGGGGCAGCAGUGGCCGGCGCGGCACCGCUCUAGGAUAUAAAAAAUGGCAAGUCCAGAUAGAAGUAAACGGAAGAUAUUAAAAGCCAAAAAAACAAUGCCUGCAAGUUGCCGGAAGCAAAUAGAGAUCUUGAAAAAGUCAAAGAAUGUUGUUGAAGCACCGAAAACAGCAGCUCCUGGGAAUAAUGUGUCAAGUGAUAAUCAGAAUUCAAGUACUGGUAUCAUUAGCAAAUGUAGACAUUUUGAAAAUGAUGCUUCUUCAGUGGAGUCUUCCAAAAAUUCAGUAUGUUCACCAAAAAGUAAAUUAUUUUCUCAGAAUUUAAUAAAACCACGAGAAAUUGUUGAUUCAGAACCAAGAUUGGAAUACACUGAAGAACAAGUUGGGUACCCUUAUGAAAAACCAAGUGAAACAAUACAGUCUCCCGGGAAACUCUUUACACAAGAGGCAGAAGAUUCACAAAACACUUCUGAAAACCAUUUUGAAUGUCAGGCAAAUACAACAAGAUCCUGUUUUGAACAUGAAGAGAAUUGUGAUAUGAAAUCCAUUUGCUGUCAUCCAUCCAGGGAACUGACUGGUGUAGUUCAAAUGCCAAAGUCUUCAAUAACCAAUACCUUGGAUGUUAAGAGAAUUGAUAAGAUAGUUUCCUAUUUAGAAACAAACUUCAACUCUGAGUUACAUGAUAAAAGGCAAAAUGACAUUUUAAGUUCAGAUACCCCUUUUGUGCCUGUAGAUAAAAUACCUAAGUUGGUAAAUUCAGUCAUUUCCAGUAACUGUGCUGCUGACAUUUUGAAAAGUGAAGAAUCCUGUAGAACCUGUCAUUCCAGCAUUUUAAAUUGUCAAAGUACAGACACAACGUGGCUGCCCUCACUUGACACUGAUAGUAAUAACAGCCAUAAUCAAAAGAAGAGGAUGUUUUCAGAAAGCAAAGAAAAUGUUAAGCGUGUGAAAACUUCAGAGCAAAUUAAUGAAAAUAUUUGUGUAGCUCUGGAAAAGCAAACGGCAUUGCUGGAACAGGUCAAACAUUUGAUUCGACAGGAGAUCUGUAGUAUAAAUUACAAACUAUUCGAUAACAAACUGAAAGAAUUGACUGAACGUAUUGGGAAGACACAGUGCAGGAAUAAACAUGAAGCAAUAGCUGAUCAACUCUUCGCAAAAAUAGCAAAACUUCAAAGACGUAUUAAAACGGUAUUGUUAUCUCAAAGGAAUUGUUUGGAACCAAACACAGUAUCCAGUAAUACCACCUGCAAGGUUGCAAAUUCAGAGACUAUGAAUUUGGAUAAGAAUACAGAGUCGGUUAAUAGUCCACAGGAAAGAAAAACUUCUGUGAACUCGGAACCUUCUAACCCUUCAGAAAAAGCAAGUGAAAAGGUUAAUGUGUCACGGGAUCAUAAUGAGGCUGUUUCUGAAAGUAACGAUGAUGAUGUUGUGUUGAUUUCUGUGGAAAGUCCUAAUUUGACAACUCCAGUUACAUCAAAUUCAGCAGAUACUGGAAAAAGUACAUUAGGAUGUUCUAACGAUUCCCCUGAUGCUGAAAGUGAAGCCAUGCUUUUUCAGGCUAUGGAGAAGAAACUUGAUUCUGUGAUUGACCUGACAAAAGAAGGCCUGUCAAACUGCAGCACAGAAACUCCAGUAUCCACCCUUGAGUCACCUACGAAAGCUGUUUCAGUCUCAAAAGAGGCAACCACAGUGGCACAAAAUGCAGCCCAGGUUCCUGAAUCCUUUGAGCACCUGCCACCUCUCCCAGAACCUCCACCACUACUACCCGAACUCGUGGACAAAAUCCGAGACACGCUUCCUCCCCAGAAGCCUGAGCUGAAAGUAAAACGAGUGCUGAGACCCAGGGGCAUUGCCCUGACUUGGAACAUCACCAAAAUCAAUCCCAAGUGUGCCCCCGUGGAAAGCUACCACCUGUUCCUGUGCCAUGAGAACCCUAAUAAUAAGUUGAUUUGGAAGAAGAUUGGAGAAAUUAAAGCUUUACCACUCCCAAUGGCCUGCACUUUAUCUCAGUUUUUAGCUUCCAACAAAUACUAUUUUACUGUCCAGUCAAAAGACAUUUUUGGACGAUAUGGGCCAUUUUGUGAUAUAAAAUCUAUUCCUGGGUUUUCUGAAAGUCUUACUGAAGGAAAAAGUACUUGAUAAUUGUGUAUUGUACAUGUUUAUUUUUUUCUAUUUGAGUUGUUUGUUUACAGUGUUCUCUUAACACUAUUUGAUGUCUUAAAGGCCAGUUCAGAUUGUGAACCCUUUGUAUAGGGACAGUCCUCUUCCCUACGUUGUAAGCGGCCUUCAUGAAUUUCUGAUUUGCACUCAGUAAGUACUGCCAAAGGCUAUGUUCUAAGACAUACACUAUCAUGGACUCAUGUCACUAAGCUGCGUUAAAUACAGUACCUCUGGUGACUAGAGCUGCUGCUGCUGUCAGAAGCCCUGGGGUGCAGGCAGCCCCCAUUUCCUCUGUUGACAGUCAGCUUUGGGGGCCCUGCUUAUGGUCAGUAUUGGUGCAGGAAAAUUCAGUUCUUUACUGAGACCAGAUCAUCCCUGGGGUGCAUCUCCACCACAAUUUUAUGAAAAUGUCUUCCCAUUCUCUUCAGAUUCUAAGGGCUAUGAAUUUGUGCCCCCUUUUUGUCUCGGUCUAUGUCAAUCAUUUGGGGAAAUAGUCUAGAGGUUUUUCCCUAAAUCAGUUUAUAUACUCAAACUGUGUGCUGUGCACACACAAAAAAAUACAGUAUCUCUUAUAAAUUAUCCAACCCACUAAUUCAGUUGAGAAAAAUGGACUUGUCUGCCUUAGAUGUAAGGCUUUAAUUUGCUGGUUCCCUAAUGCAACCACCACCACCCCCCCCCCCCUUUUUUUUUUACUUAUUUCCUGGCUGCCAUCAUUACUCAGAGGAAGAACAUAACUCCCAUAGGUGUGUCCUCCCUCCAUACCUCUGUCUUCAGGCACACUGACUGAAACCGUGGCUCCGUAAGUCGCCCAAGAAACUUGACGGUCAAGCAGACUUGAUGAGUGUGGUUGGUCAGGACCCGAUGGGACAAAACUGUGGAUAAAUAAUACCAGGAUGCUGAGAAGACAGAAAAAUAACUGUUAGCGUGGAAGUGUGUUCAAGAGGCAUUCUUUCCUGGUACAUAGACAAAGUUCAGGCUUCAGAGGCUCUGAGGUUUAGACAAUUGAACAGGGAAUGUUUUUCCUUGGCAUUUUGUGAAUGCCUUCACGCCUUCCAUCAUAAAUAAAGCUGUUAUUUUCCAGUC